AUGAAUCAAAUGCAAAGGAUUCUCUCUGCUCGUCGACUAUCUCACUCAAUCAUACCUCAAUCGUGCUUUCUUCACCGGCGGUGGUUCGCGACCUCAGAAACUGAUGCUUCGUCGCCACCACUGAUGCUUCGUCGACCUCAAAAGAUUCAAACUUUGGAAGACAAAGCUUCCAACAAAAGCCGAAGCACGGCGUCGACAACAUCUUCUCUCAAUGAACAAGAACUUGCCAAAUUCUCUGCCAUUGCUGAUACCUGGUGGCAUUCUGAAGGGCCGUUUAAGCCUUUGCAUCUGAUGAAUCCAACUCGGUUGGCUUUCAUCCGCUCCACCUUAUGCAGGCAUUUCAGUAAGGAUCCGAGUUCUGCUAGGCCUUUUGAAGGGCUGAGACUUAUUGAUGUAGGUUGUGGCGGUGGACUUCUUUCCGAGCCUCUAGCACGGAUGGGAGCAACUGUCACAGGGAUUGAUGCUGUUGAUAAGAAUGUCAAAAUUGCUCGUCUUCACGCUGAUAUGGAUCCUAUGACUUCAAAAAUUGAAUACCAAUGUACCACAGCAGAAAAGCUAGUGGAUGAAGGGAGGACGUUUGAUGCUGUUCUUGCCUUAGAGGUCAUCGAGCAUGUAGCAAACCCUGCAGAGUUCUGCAACUCGUUGUCAGCAUUGACCAUCCCCAACGGAGCCACGAUACUUUCUACAAUCAACCGCUCUAUGCGAGCGUAUGCAUCAGCCAUUGUUGCAGCAGAGUACAUUCUACAAUGGCUUCCUAAAGGCACACACGAGUGGUCAAGUUUUCUAACUACUGAAGAACUUACUAUGAUACUACAACGUGCUUCAAUCGAUGUGAAGGAGAUGGCUGGAUUUGUGUACAACCCGAUAACAGGAAGAUGGUUAUUGUCAGAUGACAUAAGUGUGAACUUCAUCGCUUAUGGGACGAAAAAAGAAUGAUCUUGAAGACAUAUAAGCGAUUGUUCUUCAAUCUGUGUAUCUCUCUGCGCAUCUGCUUCUGGAAGUUUCUUAGGACAGGACAGUAGUUAAAUUUGAAAUAAGUGAGAGUGAUCUGAGGAUACAGUUCCAAACUUUAUUAUUAUAAGUUUACAAAGUGAAACAAUUAAGAAA